AUGCCUCCCAUGGCCGCAUACCGCGGUGGCCCGGGUGCCUCCAGCUCCGGCGGCGCCAAGCGCGGUACCGCCUCCAAAGUGCACCAGGGCGGAAAGGGCAAGACGGUGCUGCAGAACGCGGAUUUGGCUGCUGAUGAGGAGGAUAGGAAAAUAAUGAAGGAUUGUAUUCGGGGUAUUACUAACCGCUCGUUCUCACUUAGUCAUCUGGCCCGUCGCGGUGGAGUCAAGCGAAUUUCCGCCAUGAUUUACGAUGAUGUCCGCGAGGCUCUGAAGACCUGGCUCGAGUCUGUCCUGAGAGACUGCGUGACGUAUGCGGAGCAUCGUAAGGCGAAGACUAUCACUAUUAAGGAUGUCUUGCAUUGCCUUACUCGCAAGGGCAAGCCCAUUUACGGCUUCGACCCGGACACCUUUGUCGACCCAAAGUCCCGCAAGGGCAAGGCCGCAGGUGGCCACGACUGA